AUGAACAAGAGGUUGUUAUCACGUAAUGGACGGGAUAUUGAGAUGAGCACUGGGACACCGGAGUACUCCGAUCAGUGGUCUACUCCGGCCAUUGGGACAAGGGCAAACGUAGGGGCAGUGGCUAUGGAUAUAGGGCCGGUUAGCCGGUAUACAUUUGGGGAGAUCGUUGCAGCAACAAAUGGCUUGGCCGAUGAGAAUGUGAUAGGAAGGGGAGACUAUGGGGUGGUUUAUCAUGGAGUUCUAUUCGAUAACACCCGAGUUGCAGUGAAGAAGUUGCUAUAUAAAAGGAGUAGAACCAAAGAAUUCGAAAUCCAGGCAGAAGCAGUGUGGUUCAUUAGACACAAGAACUUGGUGAAGUUGCUGGGAUAUUGUACAGAAGGAGCAUACAGGAUUCUUGUGUAUGAAUAUAUUGACAAUGGCAAUCUUUACCAAUGGCUGCACCACUGCAUAAGCAAAAUUAGCCCGUUGACAUGGAAUAUCCGAUUGAAAAUUAUCAUAGGAAUUGCAAAAGGUUACACUGCACCAGAAUAUGCUCGAACUAAAGUUCUAGACGAGAAAAGUGAUAUUUACAGCUUCGGCGUACUUAUAAUGGAGAUUAUAUGUGGGAGAACUUGCAUAGAGUCAUCUGUGACUGAAAUAGAGGUUGCUGAAUAUUUGGUUGACUGGAUAAAAUUCAUGGUGUCAGAACAAAAAAUUGACCUUAUAACAGAUUCCAAGUUGUCUGAACUCCCUUCAAUGAAGGAACUCAAAAGAAUUCUUCUUAUAGCUCUUCGAUGUGUUGAUCCAGAAGUCGAUAAUAGGCCUAAAAUCGGAGAAAUAAUCCAUAUGCUCGAGCCUCGUGAUUUACUACUCAGUGAUGAACGUGUUAUUAAGAGGGAGAUUUCUCGUCGUAAUUCUUUGAAAGAAGAUCGGUUUGCUCAAGUUACUUAUAAUGAUUGA